AUGCCUUCGACUAGAGUAGACUAUUCUGCGGUUCAUGAGGCUCUCAAGCUGGAGAAGAGCGAACCGUCGUCUUUUGAUGAGAUAAUAUCGACGCCAUACGGACUUUCCAUUCUAGAAAUACAAGGAGAGUUAAAUCUCCCCACGUCAUUGAGUCAAGAGCAGAUUGAUAAAAACCCGGAAGGAGAUUACGUUUCCAAUUUCGCUAAAGUUGAUGAUAUUUACUAUGCAGUCAAGUUUGGGAAACUUGAUUUUGAUCCUAAAGAUUCUACCAAAGUCACUUUAUUUAUUGGGAAAUCACAACGUUUAAUUGGUAGCAUGGUUAAUCUAAAUCCGCCGCUUGGAGUGAUGAGAAUACCUCAUAAUGAAGAUAACGAUGAAGAAAACAGUGAAGAUAUAAAGAUUGUUGAUAUAAUUAAGAAGAAAAUUAUCUUCAAACACCGUCCAUUACCAAUUAUGUAA